AUUCCUCUCCGUUCUCCUUCACCUCACCAAAGUAACAAUCUUGAGCAUUGUAUUGCGUGUAUUCAGCUCCAAACUCCAAGAUGACUUCUAUUGCCCCCAUCAUUGAUAUCUCUGGCUACCUUGCAGGCGACAAGAGCCAAAUCCCCAAAAUCACCUCAGAGAUUGACCGUGCCUUUCGCACAUCUGGCUUCUUCCAGCUUGUCGGCCAUGGCAUCCCUCAGUCCCAGAUUGACGGCAUGAUCAAGCAGACAGCCGAAUUCUUUGCCCUGCCUGACGAGACCAAGAGAAAGAUUCACGGCAAGAUGCGAGGCUACCAGUCUCCCGAGCUCCGAGAAUCACUCUCGUCAUUGGCUAAAGAGGGCUUCUUCAUGGGCCGCCACAUGCCCGGCAGAAACCGACCCAUUGUGGAAGGCAACCUCUGGCUAAAGGAGGAAGAUGCUCCUGGAUUUAGACAAACAAUGGAAGAGUAUUUUGCUGCCAUGGAGAACCUGGCUGUUAUCUUGCUGCGACUCAUUGCGCUGGGCCUGGGAUUGGAGGAGACAUACUUUGACGAUUUCGCCAAGCAGCCAGAAGGUGCUGUUCUAUGUCGGUUCCAUCGAUACCACCCCACUCUGCCCGAAGAAGGCGACGACGUGGUAGGCCUAGAGGCCCAUGCAGAUACAUCUGCUGUCACCAUUCUGUACCAGGACGGCAUUGGUGGACUGCAGGUCAAGAACGAGAAGACUGGCCAAUUCGAGACUAUUGAGCCCAUCCCCGAUGCUUUCGUCAUCAACCUGGGCAACAUGUUUGCUCGCUGGACCAACGACACAUACCUCGCCGCCGAGCACCGAGUCCUUCUGCCCACAGACAAGUUCCGCUACAGUGCGGCGUACUUCAUGGCCGGCUGGCUGGACCAGGUCAUCGAGUGUCUCCCGCAGGUGCUCAAGGCCGGAGAGGCUCCCAAGUACGAGACGUGCACGGUGGAGCAGCUGGUGACCAACUUCAGAAAGGAGAUUUACGACAUCCACACGCCGGGCGCCACGGCGUACGUUACCGUUGAGGAGUCGUGAGGCAGGGGUGAAAAAUGCAAUGCUUCCUUUAUGUGUCCAGGAGCAUUCAAUGUUCUCAUGUUUCUUUUCCGUUUGCUACUUGUUAUUAUGCCCUGUAGACAGCGU